GAGCGAAGCAACAGGGAGGGGGCGGUUCCCGUUCCACCGCGCAGCCGGAUGUUAUCCGAGCUUUGACAGGCGUGGCCGUGGGAGCGCUGCCCGAGCGCUGUGAGCUGCUGGGCGCGGGGUCUUCCUGGUGGUGCUGGGCGAGUGGAAAAAACUGGUUUCUCUUCAAGUUCUGCAGGGUGAGGCUGUGCGGGACAGGCGUGGCCAUGGACCCGCUCUCAGAGCUGCAGGAUGAUCUGGCCGUGGAGGACACCAGCCAGGCUCUGAAGCAGCUGAAGCUAGCCUCUAUCGACGAAAAGAACUGGCCCUCAGAUGACAUGCCUGACUUCCCCAAGUCAGAUGACUCCAAAAGCAGCUCCCCAGAACCCAUCACACACCUCAAGUGGGACGACCCUUACUACGACAUCGCCCGACACCAGAUUGUGGAGGUGGCAGGAGAUGACAAGUACGGACGCAAGAUCAUUGUGUUCAGUGCCUGCCGGAUGCCUCCAAGCCACCAGCUGGACCACAGCAAGCUGCUGGGGUACCUGAAGCACACCCUGGACCAGUACGUGGAGAGCGACUACACACUGCUCUACCUGCACCACGGCCUGACCAGCGACAACAAGCCCUCCCUCAGCUGGCUUCGCGAUGCCUACCGGGAGUUUGACCGCAAGUACAAGAAGAACAUCAAGGCCCUGUACAUCGUGCACCCCACCAUGUUCAUCAAGACACUGCUCAUCCUCUUUAAGCCCAUCAUCAGCUUCAAGUUUGGGCAGAAGAUCUUCUACGUGAACUACCUGAGUGAGCUGAGUGAGCACGUGAAGCUGGAGCAGCUGGGGAUCCCUCGCCAAGUGCUCAAGUAUGAUGACUUCCUCAAGUCCACACAGAAGAGCCCAGCCACUGCCCCCAAGCCCAUGCCACCACGGCCGCCUCUGCCCAACCAGCAGUUCGGGGUCUCUUUGCAGCACCUCCAGGAGAAGAACCCAGAGCAGGAGCCCAUCCCCCUGGUGCUCCGGGAGACCGUCGCCUACCUGCAGGCCCACGCUCUCACCACAGAGGGCAUUUUCCGGAGGUCGGCCAACACCCAAGUGGUACGAGAAGUGCAGCAGAAGUACAACAUGGGGCUGCCAGUGGACUUCGACCAAUACAAUGAGCUGCACCUGCCCGCUGUCAUCCUCAAGACCUUCCUCCGGGAGCUGCCGGAGCCCCUGCUCACCUUUGACCUCUACCCCCACGUGGUCGGCUUUCUCAAUAUCGAAGAGAGCCAGAGAGUGGAGGUGACGCUGCAGGCCCUCCAGGCACUGCCUGAGGAGAACUACCAGGUGCUUCGUUUCCUGACCGCCUUCCUGGUACAGAUUUCUGCCCACUGUGACCAGAACAAGAUGACCAACACUAACCUAGCCGUGGUCUUUGGCCCCAACUUGCUGUGGGCCAAGGAUGCUGCCAUCACUCUCAAGGCCAUUAACCCUAUCAACACCUUCACCAAGUUCCUGCUGGACCAUCAGGAGGAGUUAUUCCCUUGCCCUGACUCCAAGGGACUCUGAGCCCUGCCCGGCCCCUCUACCCCGUUCUCUGGUAGCCUGUUGGGAGUCUUCCUCCUGGCUUCCAUCAAAUAGGAGCCUGGGCCUCCUGUCCAGGAAGGAGCCAUGAGGUACUGGGGAGACAGGAGCUGGAACCAGCCUGUGGGCAGCACCCGCUCCCCCUUCUGUGAGCCCCUCUGGCCCUGGAGGCUUCGAGGUUAGGUCACCACCUCCUUCUUGGCCUUACUCUUCUCACUGCCUCCUUGGGUCCCUGGAUGUGGCCGGCUCUGCAGAGCUGGCCUUGACUCUUUUCCCUGGAGAAGGAUGGGCCCCAGCACCCCCUCCUGCUUUCUCCUGCCUCUCUCUUUCCCUGGCAACUGCAGAUGCCAAACCCCUGCCAGCUGGGCUGGUAACUGGGGCUGGUCCUCCCCCCUACCCUUCCCCCCUACCCGGGAAUGAGAGGCUGGGCUGGCUCUGCCAUGCGCCUCCCUGUCUGGGUGAGGGCCUGCCCGCUAACUGCUCAGCCUUGGGGAUUUCCACAGCUGAGGAAUGGAAAGGCCGGAACCUCAGCCCUAUUCCUGCCUCCUUGUCCACAUUCCAGGCAGCCUUUCCCAAGUGCUCCUGCCCCCAGAGUACCUUGAGCCCUGGUUCUGCUAGGUAUCCGGAGUGACAGGGCCAAGUCCUGACAUGCACCCAGACGCUCCACUCCCAGCUCUGAGCUGCCCUGAGUGUGUGGUGGGACCAGUGACAAGCAGCCUCAGCACACCCUACCUACUGCCUGCCCCCUACCCCCAUGGCCAGACCCUCAGCCCAAAGGCACCCGUGGAAUCACUGAUCCCAGCUCCAGCCAGGAAUGACUCAGUGCCACAGGUGAGUUCUGGCAACUUCCUCCAGCGAGCACGUGGCUCCAGGGCCCUGUUUUUUUUUUUUUUUUUAGGAAACCUAGUCCCCUGAUGACUUAUCCCAGCUGUGUCUUUUAGAAUUACCCUCACACUCCCACCCCGUGAAUCCGGGCAACCCCUUUGCUGUAGCCUUGUGCCCUGGCAGCAGGGAAAUACCUACCCAGCGGCCCUGUCCUUGCAGGCUUGGCCAAAUUCUGGCCUCACUAGCCAGUGUGUGUGGGGAAGGGGACUGACCUCACUGGGCUACCCCACACCCCCACUCCCGGGCACUGGCUCAUUAAGAUUCCUGGGGCCAGUGUGACUGCUGGUUCUGUCAGUCUGUCCAUGUGCAUAGUCUGGGCUGGGCCUCUGCUUUCUGUUCCCCUUUGUAUAGCAGGUGUCCAUGCAGUGGGGAGCUCUGUGGAUCUCUUUGGUCUUUCUCUUUGUCCCCUUCUCCACUGGCCUCUAGCUGGGGGGGGGGGGGAGGGGCAGGGCCUGUACUGUGAAUCAGCUGUUCACCUUCACUUAAUGACUUGCUCUGUCAGCACCAAUCAUGUAUGUCACCUUUGCACUUUUUGUAUGCCAAUAAAAAUGGAGACGAAAGCC